AGCAAGCGCAUUCAAUACAUCGUACCCACGAGCAACAAGGGAAGGCAGAGGAUGGUGCUAGGUCGUCCCUCUUCGGCUCCCGGUGGGCCGACGGGCGUCUACUAUCUCAUCGCUCGCAUUUUGUCGGCAGCGACGCGGCUCGAGACGUCGACGUCGAUCUCGCUGACGCUGUCGAGACUUCGGCAGUGGAAGGCAAGCCGGGGCGACAAGAUCAAGUACACGUUCAUGGUCGUUGUGGCCUCCAUCUGCUUCUACGUCAUGACGUCGCCACCUUUUCCCUACAAGCUCGCCAUUCCCGGCCUCUUUACAGUUCUGAUCCUCGUGCCCAUCACGUCGCAAUUCUUCCUCCCAGCCGCACCCAUCCUGCUCUACCUUCUCAUCUUCUUCUCAUCGCAGUUCGUUCCUGCGCCUUCACGCCCGCACAUCUGGGUCUCGGUCCUGCCCACGCUCGAGACCAUCCUCUACGGCGGCUCCAUCUCUGACAUUCUCACCCGGUUUGGGCACCCUCUGCUCGAUAUCCUCGCCUGGAUCCCCUAUGGCGUGGGCCACUUUGUCAUGCCUUUUGUCGUGGCCGCCUUCAUCUUCGUCUUUGCACCUCCGGGCGCGACCAAGUUCUUUGGAGCGGCAUUCGGCUUCAUGAACGUUUUUGCCGUCAUUAUGCAAUUCCUCUUUCCCUGCGCUCCUCCGUGGUACGAGCUUCGCGAGGGUCUCACGCCUGCGAAUUACGGCAUGAAGGGUUCGCCCGCCGGCCUCGCGCGCAUCGACGCCCUCUUCCACUCGCACGGCUACACCUCUGGCUUCACCAAUGCGCCAGUGCCCUUUGGUGCCUUCCCGAGUCUGCACGCAGCCGACGCGACCAUCGAGGCGCUGUUCUGCAGCUACUUCUUUCCCCUCAUGCUCGAGAUUCCCAUCCCAUUCAGCGGCUCAGGCAAAGGAGCACGAAAAAGACUCCGACUCGAUGCGCGGAUUCUGUACUGGGCCUAUGCCUUUUGGCUCUACUGGUGCACCAUGUACCUUAUGCACCACUACCUCGUCGACCUUGUUGGAGGAAGCUGCCUCGCCACCAUCUCCUUCUAUUACUUCCUUACGGACGAGAUGCGAGUAGCCAUGGAGCAGAACUAUGCCUACCGACCAUCAGAGGCGGCGCCCAUGUCUGCUGCUCCUCCGGCAAAUUACCCCAGAGAGGCGUUCGGCACUCGCUCCAGUAUGGAUCUUGCGAGACUCAGCAAUGGCGGCGAGGGAGGUCGGCCACAUCUCUCUUCGAUUGAUGGAUCAGCUGGGGGUGUGAGGAUGAAGGACAUGGGGGGCAAAGCUAAUGGCGGAAGCGGAAGUGGCAAGAGCAACGACAACAAGGUCCUCUUCCAGGUCGACGAGGGUCGCGAGGAAGAGGACGACGACGGAAAUGACUGGGGCAACAGCGAUGACGAGGAGACGGGAGAGAAGUCGACGACUGCCUCGGCAAGCCAUAGUGGGAGAUAGCAGCAACAAGCUUGACGACAACAACGAAUUAAUACAACACAGGCCCUCCCAAGAUGUACCCAUAGCCAGAGCUAGUCUCUCCCACCCUCUCCUGCAAUCCAGAGAUCAUCGAAGGAAGAAGCCCUGU